AUGAUCCCCACCAUUAGAAGCUCAGUCUUACGUGGAGUUAGAUACUCUCAUCAUGCCGCCAACACUGUCGUUCCUCCCGUUAGAGGUUUUGUUCAAGACGUCCCUACCUUCAUGAAGGCUAUUGGUCGUAGUUGUGAGGAUGUUGCUGGCAAGUUUGAGGUAAUGAUUAGUCGACACUGCGAAGUUGGGACAUACUGA